UCUGUGCAGCUGCUGCCAUGACUCAGUCAGUUGUUGUCCAAGUGGGACAGUGUGGAAACCAGGUCGGCUGCAGAUUCUGGGACCUGGCUCUGCGCGAGCACGCACACGUCAAUAAGGCAACAUGGGAUCCGCUGUGCCCACGCUGCACAGUUGUAGCACACAUCUCCCAGUGCCCUGCUGGCUCCACCCCUUCCUCUGGGUGCUCCACACCAUCCACCACGACCAGCCGACCACCAACAUGCCAUCCGCCUCCACGACCGGGGCCACUGUACCUAGAGGAUUAUACGACGAGGCCCUGAGUAGCUUUUUCCGGAAUGUGGAUUCGAGGAAAAGUUCUAGUGGAGCAUGUUGUGUUGGAGGGAGGAUCCAACGUCUGAAGGCCAGGGCGGUCCUCAUUGAUAUGGAGGAGGGCGUGGUCAACGGGAUCCUGCAGGGCCCACUGAGGGAGGUGUUUGACAGCACUCAGCUCCUCACAGACGUGUCAGGUUCAGGCAACAACUGGGCUGUUGGCCACCUGACGUACGGCUCGGCCUAUAGAGAGUCAAUAGUGAACACACUGAGAAAGACUGCAGAACACUGUGACUGUCUCCAGUGCUUCUUUCUUAUUCACUCAAUGGGAGGAGAUGUAAUCUCCAGAUACCUGAUCGUGCCAUGUUCUUCUGCUCCAACAAGUAUACACGGCAAUGUGUCUAUCAACUCCAGGACAAAAACAAAAGAGCUUGUGAAGAUACUGGCUGAAGAUGGUACAGGGUCCGGUCUGGGGACCAGAGUACUCAGCCUGCUGGAAGAGGAGUUUUCUGAUGUUUGUCGCAUCGUCACCACCAUGUAUCCAUCAGCAGAAGAUGAUGUCAUCACUUCUCCUUACAACAGUGUCCUUGCUAUGAGAGAGCUGACAGAACAUGCUGACUGUGUCCUGCCUGUGGAAAACCAGUCUUUGGUGGACAUUGUGAACAAGAUCAGUCUUAUGUCUCAUGGUGCAAAGCCUGGGUGUGUGCUAAAGAAGGACUGCACUGUCACCUCAGGACAUGGCUCGCUCAGUCCAACAGAGAAGCCCUUUGAUGCAAUGAAUAACAUAGUGGCUAACCUGCUGCUCAAUAUUACCAGUUCUGCACGGUUUGAGGGCUCUCUCAACAUGGAUCUGAAUGAGAUUGCCAUGAACCUGGUCCCCUUCCCGCGUUUACACUACCUAGUGCCCAGCCUCACACCCCUGUACACGCUGGCAGAUGUCAACAUUCCCACUAGAAGAUUGGAUCAGAUGUUUAGCGACGCCUUCAGUAAAGACCACCAGUUAAUCCGAGCCGACCCUAAGCACAGCCUCUAUUUGGCUUGUGCUCUCAUGGUCAGGGGCAACGUGCAGGUGUCUGAUCUCCGCAGGAACAUCGAGAGACUGAGACCAUCCCUGCCGUUUGUGUCGUGGAAUCAGGAGGGUUGGAAGACGGGACUGUGUUCGGUUCCUCCUGUUGGACACUCCCACUCCCUGCUAGCGUUGGCCAACAACACCUGUGUGAAGCCCACGUUCAUGGAGCUGAGAGAGCGCUUUACAAAGCUCUACAGGAAGAAGGCUCACUUACACCACUACCUUCAUGUAGAUGGGAUGGAGCAGAGCAUCUUCUCUGAGGCUUUGUCCUCACUCGAUGCACUGAUUGAUGAGUAUCAUCAACUGGAUGCUACAAAAGCCAGAAUCACACCUGACGCACCCAGACUCUCCAUCGCUAGAUGAACAUCCACUCAGACUUUUCAGAAAAAAACUAUCUCACUAUCAAACUCAACCUUUGUAAAUUUGACAUAUUAUUUAAUUUAUAACGUGAAUAAAAAGUUCUUUUUGUAUAAAUAA